UCCUCCUUUUCUCCACCUCCAUUAUUCAUCCCCAACCUCGCGUCUCCAUCUCCCUCUACAUAUACCCCGCCUCCCCGCUUCCCCACUACCCACCACCUCUCUCCCACCUCCUCUUGUCCCGAUCAAGAACCUACUGGAAGAAGAAGAGAAUCGUGUGUAGCGAGAACGCAAGAAUCUUGGUAACAAACGAAGGUCUUUCUUCCACUUGCGCCGCCGUCAUGUGCUCUGGCCCGCGCAAGCCCUCCGUCCCGCCGCCUCCGGCCACGCCCAAGGAUUCCGCGGCCAUAGACGCCUCGCUUCUCCUCGAGCUGGCGGCGGCGGACGACGUCGCGGAGUUCAGGCGCGCCGUGGAGGAGCACAAGGCCUGCCUGGACGCCGAGGCUUCUUGGUACGGCCCCUCGGCGGCCGGCCAGGGCCGGCUGGCCACCGAGACCCGCACGCCGGCCAUGGUCGCCGCGCUCUACGGCAGCACGUCCGUCCUCGCGUACGCGCUCUCCGCCGCGCCCGCCGAGGCCACCCGCGCCUCGCCCACCGACGGCGCCACCGCGCUCCACCUCGCGGCGGCCGGCGGCGCCGCGCACGCCGUCGCCGCCACGCACCUGCUCCUCGCCGCCGGCGCGUCCACCGAAGCCCUCUCCGCCUCCGCCCUCCGCGCCGGCGACCUCCUCCCGCGCGCCGCCACCGCGCCGCUCCGCCUCCUCCUAAACUCCCCGGCCCCCUCCCCAUCCUCCUCCCCCAAGAAGUCCGCCUCCCCUCCCCACGAGCCCCGCAAGGAGUACCCGCCGGACCUCACCCUGCCCGACCUCAAGAGCGGGCUCUUCAGCACCGACGACUUCCGCAUGUACAGCUUCAAGGUGAAGCCCUGCUCGCGCGCCUACUCGCACGACUGGACCGAGUGCCCCUUCGUGCACCCGGGCGAGAACGCGCGCCGCCGCGACCCGCGCCGCUACUCCUACUCCUGCGUGCCCUGCCCGGAGUUCCGCAAGGGCGGGGCGUGCCGCAAGGGCGACGGCUGCGAGUACGCGCACGGCGUCUUCGAGUGCUGGCUGCACCCGGCGCAGUACCGCACGCGCCUAUGCAAGGACGAGGUCGGAUGCGCGCGCCGCAUCUGCUUCUUCGCGCACAGGCGCGACGAGCUGCGCUCCGUCAACCCCUCCGCCGUCUCCGUCGGCAUGAUGCAGCCCGUCUCCCCGCGCUCCUCGCCUCCCAACGGAGGGAUGGCGUGGCCCUCCUCGCCCGCCGGCAGGCUCAAGACCGCGCGCGAGCUGGAUUUCGACCUCGAGAUGCUCGCGCUCGACCAGUACCAGCAGAAGCUCUUCGACAAGGUGUCAACCAACGCGCACUCGCCCAGGGCCAACUGGGGCGGCCCGCCCAACGCUGGCCUCGGCUCGCCGCACGCUGCCGCUGGAUCGCCCGCCGCCAGGAACAUGCCGCCGGACUACAACGACCUGCUCGGCUCCAUGGACACGGCCAUGCUGUCCCAGCUCCACGCGCUCUCGCUCAAGCAGGCAGGCGACAUGUCGGCCUACAGCUCGCUGCCCGACUCGCAGCAGCUGCAGCACAUGCCGACAUCCCCCAUGGUGGGGGGCGCGAACAGCUCCUUCAACCUCGACCACUCCAUGGCCAAGGCCAUCAUGACCUCCCGCGCCUCGGCCUUCGCCAAGCGCAGCCAGAGCUUCAUCGACCGUGGCGCCCGCGCCCCGGCCACGCGCUCUCUCAUGUCGAUGGGCGAGCCGGCGAUGCUCACUGACUGGGGUUCCCCCAGCGGCAAUCUGGACUGGGGCUCGCCCAGCGGCAAGCUGGACUGGGGCGUCCAGGGCGACGAGCUGCACAAGUUCCGCAAGUCCGCGUCUUUUGGAUUCCGCGGGCAAUCACCCAUGCCGGUGAACUCCCCAGCCACCCAGGCUGAACCAGAUGUCUCAUGGGUGAACUCUCUUGUCAAGGAUGGCCACGCAGGCGACCAUUUUUCGCAGUGGCUGGAGCAGGAGCAGAUGGUGGCCUAAUUCCGUUGGCUCAUAGCACCUAGCUGACCAAAGUUCUUUCCUUCAAUUGUUUCCCCUUUCUAUUUGCUUAAUUUGAUUCAUAUGAGAUGGUUCUUUAGUACAUAGGCUGUUCACAGGAAAAUAAUGUUGUUCAUCAACAACAAGCUUGGAUGCCCAAAGGCAGCCUUAGAUUCAUGAAGAACAGCCGAUAUUACUUUUUUUCUUCCCUUCGGUUUAUAAAUAGCUGUAUACAAAAUUCCAACGAGAGUUUAUUUACUUGAUAUUUAUACA